AUGCCCCGGCUACCUCCAGACGACCUCUGGAUCGCGUAUGGACAGCGCCACAUCAAGCUCCAAACGGGCAAAGACGAGUUUCUCCCCUGGAUAGUCGACCACCCCGCGCACUGGAUCCUCGCAGUAGGCCCCUCCGACGACCGCGACCACUGCACGGUCUACCACGUCAAGGGCGGACCGAGAAACUACAAACACGCAGUUGAGCAAGACGUCUCGCUCAAUGCAGAGGCGAUCGAAUCCAUCGCCAAGGUCGGCACGAUCCCUGUUGCGCAGCGUGCGGCAUUCAAGAAGAUUGUCGAAACGCCAGUACCGCAGCGGUGUCAGGAUUAUGUUGCCCAUGUCCUGUUGCUCUUAGCACGGGAGAAGAUUAUUUCCAUGGAGGUUGCGGAGUAUCAUGGUAGGCAGGUUGACAAGUCUGUAUAUGCGCAGUUGGUUGAUGGGCCGGAUCCGGCUGUUGAUGUUGACCCAAAGGAUGUGGAGCCUGUAAAUGCUGCAGGGGCUUCUAGAAAAUGUGAGCGGUUUGCGAGGAAGAAUAGGUUGGGCUUGUUGGUGUAUGAUGCGUGUUUACAGUGA